CCCUCUUAAAGCCCACACCCUGAACAAAACCCUUCUCCCCCUCCUCCUCUCCUCCUCCAUCCUCCUCUUUCACAUCUUCCUUUCCUCACCAGCACCAUAGAGACCUCACAGCUUUCUUCGUCAUUUUGACUAGGUUGCGAGACUCGACUUCUCUUCUUUUUUGAGCUGACUUGACUUUUCAAGUUGUUCGUUCCUUUUUUCCCUCUCGACGGUCCUUUUUCUCUCUCGACGGUCACCAUGACCAUCUCGACCGACGCUCCUUACGGACCCUGCGGGGUGUCCAACGGUGUUCUGACGACGACCAAGAUGCGCGUCUUUUUGGUUCAGACUGCGCAAGGUCUCACUCCCUCCUCAGGAGGCUACAAGGCCAACGUCAAUCUCCUUCGCCAGUUGCGCCUGUUUGGCCAUGAUGCCGCUCAGAUCUGCUACGGAUUUGAAGACGAGGUCGAAAAGUACGCCGAGCUGGCCAGAGCCAAAGGUGUCGAACCUAACGUGACCCACCAUUCGGGUCUGCCAGUCAUCGACUCCAAGGGAAACCAACACGAACUUGAUGUCAAGACAUUCAUGGACGAGCAUGGCAUUCACAAUAUCGUCAUUUCUCGCGUCCCUUUCAAUGAAGCUUACCCCACUAGGGAAUUCUGGCGGGACACCCAAGAUUACCUUGAGGACCGCUCCAUUACUCAGCGCAUGCGGACCUUGAUCGACAUCUUCUCCAAACAUAUCACUGCGUACCGUCCUACUCAUGUCGUCUUCAACGAUCCCGUCACGAUGAAAGUCACGGCUGACCACGCCCUGAGGCCCACGUUCAAGAGAAUCAAUGUCAUCCACACUGCCGAGCAGCUGCCUUUCGGCCCGUACUGCAACGGCAUUUUGGGUCAUUGCUCGUCCCCUAAGGUCGAGGACCAACUGCUUAGAGAGCUUGAAGGAAUUUGGGUGGUCUCGAAGGCCAUCGGAGACUACGCUUGGCAGCACGGCAGACUCAAGACGACGUUCCUUGUUCACAGCCCCCUCACCUACCUCGAUGCUCGCACUGGGGGCAUGCCCGUUCAGCGGUACAACAUCGACAAGUUCGAGGUCGGCAUGGUUAAUCCCUGCCCUCACAAAGGCCUUUCCAUCCUUGUUGAGCUCGCCAAAAGACUGCCGCAGAUUCAGUUUGUCACUUGGAGCAGCUGGGGCUCCCGAAGCAAGCACCUUGAUCAACUUAAGGAACUCCCCAACAUGAAGGUCAUGCCCACCACCAGCAACACGGAUGAAAUUUGGGACCGCAUCAAGGUCUUGCUUGCACCUUCUGUCUGGCUCGAGGCGUGGGGAGUUGUCGUGACUGAGGCCCAGCUUCGCGGCAUCCCCGUCAUCGCUUCCAAUGCCGGCGGUCUCAAGGAAGCCAAGAUUGACUUGCCUUACUGUCUCCCUGUUAACGUUGUCACUGGCGCCAAGCACGAAAAUGGUGACUAUAUUGUCCCGGAGCAGAACAUCGACCUUUGGGAGGAGGCCGUUCUUCGGCUGAUGACCUGCCAGCAGAACUAUGACAGGGUUGCGCGAGCAACUGCCCAAGGCUCUGUCAAGUGGCUCAACAGUCUCGACCCCCGUGCCCACGAGAAGUGGUUCCUUGGGAUGAUGACUGCUUGAGCUAAGCAUAUUUCCUCCGAGCAUCACUGCAUAUCACACCAUGUUUGGCGUUAUUCUCUGGAUUUUUGCUUUUAUUGGUGGGAAACGGCAUCUUUGUUUACCAUCACCGGAUUGAUAGCGUAUGCCAGAUCGGACAUCUACGGAGC